CCGCCGCCACUUGCCGCGUUGCAUCAGCCGCCGGCGGCCGUCCCGCAGUGUCGCGGUGGUUGGGGUGGAACCAGGACCGACGCGCCACACUCCGGUGUCGCUCCUUGAUUUUCGGCCCUUUCGAAGGAUUUCGUUUGUGACACUCGGAGGACCAACGAUCCUGUGUGAAAAUGUGUGGGAUUUGGGCCUUGUUUGGCAUUGAAACUGAUGUGGCAGUUCACAGCAAUGCCGUCUUCUCCAAAAUUUCACACAGAGGUCCUGAUGCCUGGAGGGUGGAGGCUGACUGUCGAAUGGCCCACUCCUGUUUGGGCUUCCACCGACUCAAGAUCGUUGACAGUGUGCAUGGUAUGCAACCCAUGAAGUUGCAUUGCUUGCCCGACCUCACCUUGAUGUGCAAUGGAGAAAUUUAUAACUGCCAUGAGUUAGUUAAAGAUUUUGGGUUUCCUACAGAAACUAGAUGUGAUGUUGAACCCAUUCUUCACCUUUUUGGGAAAGGUGGAAUUGAAAUGGCAACCACCAAUCUUGAUGCUGAGUUUGCAUUUUGCUUAGUUGAUUCAGGCAACCAAAAAGUUUACUUGGCUAGAGAUCCCUUUGGUGUUCGACCUAUGUUCCGACUCUACAGUGAAACUGGUGUCUUAGGAGUGUGUUCAGAAGCAAAAGGUCUUAUAGGAAUUACCAAAGAGCUAAAUGGUUCAAAAUUCACAUUGGAACCUUUCCCUCCUGGGGUGUUUGAAGAAUAUUCCAUUGAUAAGGAUGGAAGGGCUAAACUUUUGAGACAAGAACGCUUCUAUGAAAUUGGAAGUCUUGAGCGCCCCAAAUUUAGGCCAUUUGUACCCUACAACAAGUUGAAAAAUGAUGUUCUUGCAAACAUCCGAACUCUUCUUACAUCUGCUGUUCGCAAGCGUCUAAUGGCAGACCGCAGAGUAGGCUGCCUAUUGUCUGGUGGACUUGAUUCGAGUCUUGUGGCUGCUUUGUUAGUCAAAGAAGCGAAAGCUAUGAAUCUGCCAUACCCUGUUCAGACAUUUUCAAUUGGUAUGGGUGAUAGUCCAGACAUAGUAGCAGCGCGGCAAGUUGCAAAGCAUAUUGGAUCAGAGCACCACGAAAUUACAUUCACAGAAGAAGAUGUGGGAAAUGUACUUGAUGAAGUCAUUGGCACUUUGGAAACAUAUGACAUCACCACAGUCCGUGCAUCUAUUGGAAUGUAUUUGGUGGCGAAGGCUAUCAAACAAGAGACUGACACAACUGUUAUUUUAAGUGGUGAAGGAGCUGAUGAGUUAGCUCAAGGGUAUAUUUAUUUCAGAGAUGCGCCAUCAACUGCUGAAGCUCGGGCAGAAAGCAUUCGACUUUUGAAAGACAUUUAUCUCUUUGAUGGUCUGCGUGCGGACCGAACUACUGCUGCUUGGAGUUUGGAACUCCGAGUUCCCUUUUUGGAUCUUGAGUUCACCAACUACAUGCUCAGCCUUCCUCCAGAAUUGCUGCAGCCGAAGGAUGGUGUGGAGAAACACCUGUUGCGUUCAGCAUUUGAUGGUGUCGGCUUGCUGCCUAAUAACAUUUUGUGGCGACACAAAGAAGCUUUCAGUGAUGGUGUUGCAUCUAUUCGCAAGUCUUUAUUCCAAGUGAUUCAGGAGAUAGUAGCUAAAAGGGAAAUAGAUGUUGCACUAGAAGAUGCCAAAACUCUGUUUCCCAAUUGCACCCCCAAAACGAGAGAAGCCUUAUACUACAGAGUCAUGUUUGAAAAGAAAUUCCCAAAACAAUCGUCGUUAACACCCUAUUUCUGGAUGCCCCGUUGGGUGAAUGUGUCUGACCCAUCAGCUCGCUUCAUCAGCCAUUAUGCUGCAGAAAAGAAAAAGUAAUUAUUAUCCCAGAAAUUAAUGGUAAGUCUUAGGGAAGUUGUGGAAAUCAUGGCAGAUGGAGACUCAGCCCCUUCUACAAUUUUAGUUUUGUUGACCUGUUUUGAAGAGACCUCAACACUCAUUGUACAAUGUAACAUUUUUAUUCUCAUGAAAGUUUCAAAUUAAUACAUCUGUAUAAUCAAGCUUUCAAAACAGUAUCCAGUAUCCUUCCAAAAUCUCACAAAAUUUGCCAUUCGUCUGUCAACAAUGUUCUAUAAACAAAACGUCAACAAUGUAUAAGAUUUGCAAUCUUAUCAUGUAAAAUCAAGUAAACUUAAAAAUAUUUGCUUGUAACUUUUAUUUACAACACAUAUAAUACACAUUAAUUAAUGUUCCUAAAAUGUAAGUGGUGUUUAACAAUAAUGAUCACCAAUGUCAUCACAUUUGAUGCAUUCCGUCAAAGUUAAUAUUUUAACAAGUAAAGCUUUUAGAUGGUGGUUAAAGAGUAUAGUAAGAAGAAUUUUUUAAUAUGUCUAAAAGACAUGGAUUUUUUUCCUGAAAGUAAAGCAGAGUGGCACUAAUUUUAUCAGGUAUUUAAGGGGGGAGGGGAGAGAAGAAGAGGUCCUAGUGACUUUAAACUUCCUCAGUUUUGUAUCUAGCUGCAGUCCAUUUCAAGGUGAGGUUUGAAACCUUCUGUGCGCGUUUGUCAAUGAUUUUUCUCAAAAAAGAAAAUACUUAUAGAAGACAUUUAUCUAGGCUGCCUUGUAUCAUAAAUCAAUGGAUCACAUGUUUCCUCAUGAAGUAAAUCUCACCCCUUGCUUCCUUUUUCGGCCACAGCCACUCUGCUUUCUGUUCAAUUGUAAAUUAGAAAUAGAACAGAGAAGAAUGGGAAUCUAAGGGAAGAAUAGAUAGAGUGUACAAGAUCUCAACAAGCUCAACUCAAAGCUUACAUAACUUAGUACUUAAACGCUUCCUAUAUAAAUUAUUGUAUGGUGAAGGGUAUGCAUGCUUUCACAGCAUACAUGCAAAGAAGAGAUUUGGCAAUUGCUUUAAGCACUGUGAUACAGAUGUGUGUUGGUGUUGAAUCUUUCGAAACAUUGCUGUAAAGUCAAAACCCCUCCUGUUUUAUGUCAAUGGUAGGUGUCUUUUUGACUUGUCGUGGCAAUCUUUGAUUGUGUGACUUACACUGUACAUUUUCAAAGAGAGGAAUCUCCUUUGUAGUCUAAUUUUUUCUUCUUUUCCUUCAAGUCAUAUGUUCAUCUUUCUUCGCAAUUGCCCACAGUCUUAAUUAUUUCUCUAAACUUACAUUUAGCACAUAUGAAAUAGCUAGGAGACGAAAGAAGAACAGAAUAUAUGUUUUGUGGGGUAGAUAGGCCAUAAAAUUUUAUGAAGAUUGUUUAUGAAACAAGACCUUACAAACAAAAUCAGGUGAACUUUAUAUCUAGUCUCUGUAUUCUUAUUUACACUAAGAAGGAAUGAUACAAUGAAAUGCCAUACUUCUUAAGAUGAACUCCAUUGAACCUUUAAAAUUCAUUCUUUCAGAUAUUUACUCUGAUAAUGCAAUGAACAAUAAUCAGCACCACCAUCAGCGGUGCUCAAUAAUGUGUUACUCAUUACUUCUUACAAAUCCAUUCACAAAGCAACUUCAAAAUAAAUGUUUUUGUACAAUAAUAAUAUUUUAAGAAGAGGCUGCAACAAUUUUCACAAAAUAAAGUAUAUCUUUAAUUUAAAGUAAA